GGUACUAUAGCACAAAAGUCAUCCGACAGCAUUGUAAAAUCAAGUUAAUAAGGACGGAAUCACAUCCAUAAUAAUAUUGAAAGAGGAAGAUAACAGUUUUGAUAUUGAGAAUGUGGCAAAUCUGGGGACGCUCGGUAUCGCAACCGCGUUCGAAUUGUGUGUCUUCGAACCUACUUGUCGUGUUGUGUUUAUUUGCGAUAUUUGCAGCUGUUUUGGGCCAAGAUUCGUGUAGUGUUGGACCUUGUUAUCCUUCUCCUUCGAACAUUUCAAAGUAUUCUAAUGUUACGGCGAACUCAACUUGCGGUAACCCGUCAGAGCCAUACUGCGUUAACUUGGAUUGCACUAACGUUUGCAAUGCGUCCGACGAGAAUCGUAAACAUCCUGCUAAUUUUGUAAACGAUGACUUUAGAGAAAAAACAUUCUGGAAGGCAAAAAACUACGAGUUUCCUGUGGUUCUACAGCUAGAGGUUCGAAGAACUUUCAUGCUGUAUCAGUCUAUGGUAACUUUUUUUCACGAGUUACCGGCUGCAAUGUACCUUUUGAAGUCAAAUGACUCUGGGAGAACAUGGAAUCCUCUAACCUACUUUGCAACGAACUGUACAAAAUAUUUUAAUCUACCAGAAACGCCUGAGAACGAAAGUGAGGCUUUGAAAAUCCAAUGUUUCAAAAUAGACACCGCUACAAAUCUCAACAAGCAGCUCUUUUAUACUCCAAUGCAAGAUCCAGCUGCAGCACUAAACCUUCUCACUGAUACAGAGAAACAGGCCUUCUUUCUUAUGACUGAUAUAAAAAUGGUUCUAGUCAAGUUUAUAAUUCCUAGUGGGGUUGACACAUUAACAGAUAGUCUCAGGAGAAGCUUCUUCUUCACUGUGUCAGAUUGGGACGUGUUAGCAUCUUGCUUUUGCAAUGGCCAGGCAUCACAGUGUGAUUCAGAUCAUGUGAAUGCAACAGUCAUGCUGACAGCUGCUCCUACAAUGAAACAAAAGGAUAUGGAGUUUGUAAUGAUUGCAAGCACAACACAACAGGGGAUAUGUGUCAACUUUGCAAGAAAACCUUCUACAAAAACUCAGCUGUAUCACAGAAUGCCUCCCAUACUUGUCUGGUUUGACUGGAUCUUUCUAUUUUACAUGAAUUUAGAAUGCCGCUGCAAUUUAACUGGAACAGUCAAUAGUUCCAAUGUGUGCAACAAGAUAACUGGUCAGUGCCCCUGUAAACAGCUACUCACAGGAAGGACAUGUGACCAGUGCCAAGAUGGAUACUUUGGAUUGACAUCUGAAAACCCUGGCUGUACUGCAUGUUACUGUGACCUGGCUGGCUCAGUAAAUACCUCAUGUUCUUCAUAUGGGAAAUGUUACUGCCGCCCAAAGUUCUCUGGGGAGAAAUGUGACAAGAUUGAUGAAGGCUUUUUUGUCCCAAGUGUAGAUUUUAUGACAUUUCAGGCUGAGGAUGCUACACCCAUAACUCCACAAACAAAAACAAUCAGUCAUCAAGAAGUUGUUAAUGCAGCUGGAAACAAUGUUCUUAUGGUUGGUGUGGUAUUGAAUGAGGGAAUGAAUAAUACUGCACCAACUGAGCUGGAGUUCAUUGUCAACAUUCCCAAAACAGGAUAUUUUAGUUUUGUCCUGCGUUACAUGACUGGUUAUAACUGGAAUUUGGUUAAGAUAACUGCUUUGCUGCGGACAGCCUUUGUGCCCUUCACAUGCAACAACAUUAAUCAAAUCACUAAGAAUGAGCCUCUUAUCCUGACUGGGACAGUGUUGUCUGGAAGUGACGCUCAUGAUUAUGGAAGUCACUGUUUAUUAGCGGGUCAGUACAGUGUAAAACUUCGAAUACCUUCUGGAAGUGCUCAACAGGGUUUUCUGGCCACUGGAAGGAAAAGAAGGGCAUUGCAUAAUGCAGACAUCAUCGUUGACUCUGUUUUAGUCAUGCCGACUGUGUCUGAGUAUGAUGUAUUCAAGGAAGCGUCUGCUGAAGUUCAAGAAAACAUGACGUUUUACUACAAUGCAUCAUCAUCCCUGAAAACCUGGUCAGCAAACUCUGAGGCAGGAAGUCGUGCACUUGCACCAGUGUUUGGAAGCAUUUUUGGAGAGGGACAAGCAUGUAACUGUAGCUCUGUGGGGUCAAACAACCCUGAUGAAUGUGACAGAUAUGGUGGCCUAUGUUCUUGCAAGCCUAAUGUGAUUGGUCACACUUGCAAUCAGUGUAGACCAGACUAUUUUAACUUCACCUCAGGUCAAGAUUAUAAAGGUUGUAUAUCCUGUGACUGUAACCUUGCGGGAAGUGCCAGCCCUGUCUGUGACAAGACUACAGGCCAGUGUCCUUGUAAGGUUCAGUCACUAGGCCGUCAGUGUGACAUGUGCCCAGCUGGUUAUUAUGGCUUAAGUGUCCAGAAUCCUCAAGGUUGUUUGAAGUGUCAGUGUUCAAAUAAAUCAUCUGACUGUGUUACUGACCCAGGAUGGUUUUUCUCAACUCUUGACACCCCUCUGUCGGUGUUUAAUGACAAUGUUGAUUUGGAUGGUUGGAGUACUAUAGAAAGUGCAGGAAAACAAGUCAACCCAGUCCUGGACUGGGAUAUUACUGUAAACAUUGAGAAGGGAUCUAUAAGGGUUGACACUCAAGGCUCAGAUGAUAUCUAUUUUGUUGCUCCUGACAAGUACCUUGGGGACAAAAGAUCUGCUUAUACAAAUGCAUUGUCAUUCCAUUUACAACAGGACAAUGCAUCCAGCCCUGCAACAUCCUCUAAUGGAGAUGUUAUCCUUGAAGGCAAGUGGUUUGAUGAACCUCUUGUCUCAAGUCUUGAUGCUGCUCCACCAGGUGGAGACAAUUUUAGGAAAUAUGAGGUAAAGCUUGUUGAAAACAAUUGGAGAGUAGGAAACACCUCUGGGCGGCAACCUUCAAGUUACGAAAUUAUUGUUGUAUUAAGUCAUUUGACGUCACUGCGUAUCAGGGCCAAGUGGACAACUCUUACAACAAAAUUGUUCAGCCGAUUGGCUGAUAUUAAACUAACUCUUAGUAACAGGAGCAGUGUGAUUCCUGGGGCAAAAAGUGCUUUAAACAUUGAGAAUUGUUCAUGCCCCGUGGAGUACAAAGGACAGUUUUGUGAACAAUGCGCCAAUGGUUACACACGUGUCACACCAAAGGGAGGACCUUACGUGACAUGUGUGCCGUGCGAGUGUAACGGACACUCAGACAAGUGUGACACUGAGACUGGAGUGUGUCUGGACUGUCAACACAACACCACAGGUGAAGAUUGUGAAAAGUGUUUAGAUGGUUGGUAUGGCAACGCCACUAAUGCCACACUUACCGACUGCAGCCCGUGCCCAUGCCCCAGCGGACCAUUUGCCGUCAAUCAAUUCGCUAAGACCUGUGUACUUUCAAGUGACGGUCUACCAACCUGUGUGAACUGCACUGUGGGUCACGAGGGACGGUAUUGUGAACGAUGUAUGGACGGUUACUUUGGACGGCCAAAGGAACAGGAUAGUCAAUGUCACAAGUGUAACUGUAACAACAACAUAGAUCCUGCAGCCACCGGUAAUUGCAACACCACGACAGGCGAAUGCCUUAAGUGUCUUUACAAUACCACAGGGUCUAACUGUCAGUGGUGUGCACCAGGAUACCAUGGAAAUGCAUUGAACAAAACUUGUACACGUUGCAACUGUUCGGCUGUUUUUUCACUGAAUAAUGAGUGUGACAACAUGACUGGUUCGUGUUACUGCCAUCCUUAUGUGACAGGAAAGUUCUGUGACAGAUGUGAACAGAACGCUUUUAAUUAUACCGCGUCUGGUUGUUUGCCUUGUAAUUGUAACAAUGAUGGUUCAGUUGAUCUCCAGUGUGACUCGAUACAUGGAAAUUGCAGCUGUAAACCAAACGUGAUUGGUAAAAAGUGUGACAUUUGUACUGCGGGCUUAUUUGAUGUUCAGAAAGGUUGUUUGGGUAAGACUUCUUUUCUAAUAACUAAUUCAACCGAUUCAAAUUCAGACAAUUGCUAUAUUUGUUUUUCAGUUUGUAACUGUAGCUCUGUGGGGUCAAACAACCCUGGUGAAUGUGACAGAUAUAGCGGACAAUGUUCCUGCAAGUCUAAUGUGAUUGGUCGCACUUGUGAUUACUGUAAACCUAACUAUUUUAACUUCACUUCUGGUCAAGGUUGUCAAGCUUGCAACUGUUCGAUUGUUGGUGCAGUGAACAGCCAGUGUAACAACAUGACUGGUUUGUGUUCCUGUCAUUCUCAUGUGACGGGAAAGUUGUGUGACAGAUGUGAACAGAACGCUUUCAAUUAUACGUCUUCUGGUUGUACGCCUUGUAACUGUGAUAUUGAAGGCUCCACUGAUCUUCAGUGUGACUUGACAUACGGGAACUGUAGCUGUAGACAGAAAUUGAUUGGUAAGAAGUGUGAUGUGUGCAGUCCAGGCUUCUUCGAUGCAAAGCAGGGUUGUUUAGCGUGCAACUGUAGCACAGUUGGAUCCAAAAAUCCUGAUCAGUGUGACAGAAAUAGUGGACAAUGUUCCUGCAAGCCUAAUGUUAUUGGUCGCACUUGUGAUCAGUGUAGGCCAGACUAUUUUAACUUCGCCUCCGGUCAGGGUUGCCAAGAUUGUGCUUGUUUUUUACCUGGUGUCAACACUUCAGCGCACAGUGCCCAAUGUGACAGAGAUACUGGUCAAUGUUUCUGUAACAGUGGUGUGCUAGGAAGGACUUGUGAUAUGUGCCGUAAUCCUUCCAUGAAAUUAGGUUCCGUCAGUGAGGUUGGGUGUGUAGGUAUGUUAUUAUGACUAAAAGGAAACACAUACUCCAGAAAUCAUAUGUUCUUUAUCUCCGCCAUUACAAAGUGUGUACUGACAAAAUUACGACACUGAUUGCGUAUUGCUAUUCCAAUGAGUUAACUAACUUUCGAUAAUUGUUUUCAAAUUAACUGAAAAUUGGACUACAGAUGCCAUCAUUGUAAAAUGCGCCUAACAACUUAGCUGCUCACCAAAAAACGUAACAAAUUCGUACUCCUCUUCUUUUUAUCUCCAUUUUGAAUCUUACGCACAACUUUGACCGCUUACCCAUGAAGCAAGAGAGUCACACCCCACCUUUUUUCGUCCCUUGGCAAUGGCAAACUUUUCGAAUAAUGAUUUAGAACUUUCUUAAAACGCAAAAUGAUUUUUAUCGCGUGUUGUGGUUCGUUCUACUUAAAAGCCAAGGUGACCACUUAAAAACCUUUUUUAAGUGCUCAUCUUUCUCAAGUGUACACUUUCAGAUUCGGUAAAGUGCGCACUUUCAU